AUGGUCGGACCAAAACUUGAGUUCGGGGGAUUUCCUAUCCCAUGGACACCUACCAACCGACCUGAAGAUGAAACAAAUAUGUAUCCCUACAGAAAGCAGACUAGAAAUACUAGAAAACUUCCUGUAGGCUGGAGAUUUGCGGACGGUAGGCGUCCCAUUCACCAGGAAACCAUAUUUGACGAAGUGGUCGAAAUUCCGCUUAGAGACGGAGUCAAGAUCUAUUGCGAUAUCUUCAGACCUGUCACAGAUAUUAAAAUCCCGGCCAUCUUGGCCGUGAGCCCAUACGGUAAAAAUGGACAUGUGAAAUCACUUCAAGGAUUCCGUAUUUUCGACAAUAUUCCCUUCCGACUCGGAUUACCGGAAAGCGCGACAUCCGGUCUUGAGAAAUUCGAAGGGCCUGAUCCCGCUGAGUGGUGUCCUCGUGGCUAUGCAAUCAUCAACGUAGAUAUUCGGGGUACCUGGGAUAGUGAAGGUGACUUGUAUAUUGAGGGAAGCCAGAUGGGUCUGGACGGUUAUGAUACCGUUGAAUUCAUCGCAGCUCAAUCUUGGUGCAAUGGUGCUGUUAGCAUGUGCGGCAAUUCCUGGCUGGCAACAGAGCAGUGGGCAACCGCCAUCGAGAAACCGCCGUCGCUCAAAUGCAUAGCGCCCUUGGAAGGAUUCACUGACAAGUAUCGUGACUUGAUCUGUCGUGGUGGUGUUCCAAAAUACAAUUUCGCUUCAUUCAUCUUUAAUAAGACAAUUCGCGGCCGAAACAGUCGAGAGGACAUCGGCGAAGCGCUCAACAAAUGGCCCCUUUUCAACGGUUACUGGGAGGACAAAGUCUACGAUACUAGCGGUCUGACGCUGCCAAUAUACGCCCUUGCUAGCUAUUCUUCAGGAAAUCAUGGGGCUGGUACCGUGAGAGGCUGGAGCCAGGCCGCUUCAAAGGAUAAAUGGAUCCGCUUCCACCCUACCCAAGAGUGGUUUGAUCUUUACACCCCGAGGUACAUCAAUGACCUGCAACGGUUCUUCGAUCGGUACCUAAAGAACAUUGAAAACGGGUGGGAGGAGACUCCCAAGGCGAGAGUCUCCAUUCUCACUUAUGGGAAUCGUUUCGAGCCUGGACCUGUGUGGGACGUGCCAUUUGCCAACUACCCGAUUCCGUCGACCGAGUAUCGCAAGCUCUAUCUGCAGGACUCUGGAAAGCUGGACACUUCACCGCAAGUCCACGAGAACUUUGUCGCACAUUACGCGGACACCUACCAAGCAAAGCCGUCUGAAUUUCUAUUGACCUUUGAUAAGGCGACAACUCUAGUUGGCUAUUCAAAGGCUGAACUUUGGAUGUCUUGCAAAGAUAAAGACGACAUGGACGUCUUCGUGUCCAUCCGCAAGCUAAGCAGAAGCGGCGAGGUGUUAGAACACAUCAACGUCCCCUGGGAGAACCUGCCAGAAGGGGUCAACACCCAACACGAUGUUCCCAUGGCGCAGACUGUCAAGUAUACCGGGCCGACUGGCAUUCUGCGAGCUUCGCAUCGCGCCCAGGUUCCGGAACGAAGCACUGCCCUGAUUCCCUACCACCCACAUGACAAAGAGGAAAAGAUAACCCCAGGCGAGAUUGUGAAGCUUGAAAUCUCUCUUUGGCCUAUGGGUAUCCAUUUCGAAGCAGGAGAUAACCUUCUGUUACGUAUCCAAGGCUUCAUUGAUACGAGCUCCGAUUUCCCCGACCAUAUCGAUAAGAAACUGGACAACUUGAACGAAGGCCGGCAUACAAUCCACUUUGGUGGAAAGCAUGAGUCGAAGAUCAUCGUACCUGUUAUUGCCCUACCAACGUAA